CUCUUUUCUCUGACAAUUGGUGUUUGUGUCUUAGUCUUGCAUCAAGUUGCUUCAGGUCAGUCACGGUCAAAAAGCAUACAUGCAUUUGCUUUAAAUUAUUUUUAUUUUUUUUGCAGCUUCUAUUAAUACAUUUUUUGUAAUGUCCUGUUUCUUAUUAGAAUCUGCUAAAUUAGAAUUUCCAAAAUGCUAUGGACUCAUUGGAAACGAUAGUAAAAACUGUGAUAAAGAAUUGGACUUCAACAGGGCACAAGCACAUUGCAGCAAAUCCAACUGUGGUAAUGCACUGAAGCCAGAGGAGAAACUCACAUCAAAAUCACCUUCUCCGUGUGCAGGCUUUAAUAGUGAAUAUCAUUGUCAAUAUAAUGACACCAACGGCUGUAAAUUGGUGUUUGCUGUUUGUUCAGCUGCACUUCCACAGCCCACUAUCUCACUGACACUUCCUAAUGGGAAGCUGGUUGAAUCAGGAGUUGCAGAAAUCCCCAGGGAUACUAUACUUUCCUUCAAAUGCUCAGUGAACUCAUCGUUCAACUCAAUUAAUUUUUCCCUGAUCUACAACGGAUCAAUCCUUAACAAAUCCAACCCAAUAACAGGCUUAGCUUCUGUUGACUUCCCUGUGCCUGAACACAAGGGCAACUAUAGUUGCAUGUAUCAAGUAAAUCUAAAUGGGAAAUACAAGUCUAAAGAGACAGAAACGAUUCAUGUCCUUUUUACAGAACCAUGGUGGAAUAUGCUGCUCUACAUCUUGCCUGCUGGGAUCCUGAUGCUUCUCCUGAUGGUUUUCUUGGUUGUCGGCCUGGUCUGCAGGAGAAGACGACGAGCCAAAGAGCCGAUUCCUGUGGUUCUAAAUCAAAUUACGAUCAGGAACAGUUACGCAGAGGAUGAAGAUGAGGAUGAUGGGGAAAUGGACUACGUCAAUGUUGAAAAAAUGGUCAACAAAAGCCAGGGAGCCAGAAAUGGGGGUGAAAAAGAUGGUGGCGCACAUUGCUAUAAAACAUCUCGGUUGGAUUAUGCUUCUAAAGAGAGGAAACAGCAGAAAAGGCAAGACAACAGUGAUGAUGAGCACGAUUAUGAAGAGGCUGACCAGGGAUGUGCUGCUGCAAAGAGUAACAUAAAAAAACAGAGACACCAAGAGGACAGUGAUGAUGAGCACGAUUAUGAAGAGGCUGACAACAGAUCUCCUGCUUCAGAGAGUGAUUCAGAAACAGAGUCAGAUGAAGAGGAGAGCAGUGAUGAAGACCACAACUAUGUCAACUUAGCAGAGGAAAAUGUGGCCACCAAUCUAGAUGAUUCUAUAUAUCAAAACACUUAGAUGACAUCAUGAAGACAUUACAGCAUGUAUCUCAGGCACAUCUCGUACUUGAAAAGGUGUUGCUUCUGUAGUUUAGUAAUGUUGCAUUAUAGUGUAUAAACAGUAUACUGUAGUAAAGACAGAUCUGCCUUUACAGAAACGACCAAACUUUGAGUUUGGAGAAUGUCUCAAAAAGCUGAACUACAGUAUAUCCAUGUCAUUCCUUUGUUAAUGCAAACCCUAAAAAGGUUAGUGCAAGAAUAUGAUCUUAGUAAUACAGCAAACACUUUCGGAAACGUGCACAGAUAUUUAAUGUAGAGCCUCAGGUGGAGCACUCCAUCAAUGAGUUUAUUUCUCUAACUUUCUUAUGAAAAAGUUUGAAAUAAGCACAUACUUAGAUUUAUAUGAGUAGGUUUGUGUAUGGUUAAGAGUUUUUGACUUUAUGUGGAACUCGAUAUAAAUUAUUUAAAUAUAUUUUUCAAAGACAUAACUCAACAUUUUUAUGACUUUUCCUUUUGAAUUGCAUUUUGAUUUGAUAUACCUGUUUAUUUUUAUUGCAUAACUGUGAGAAAGGUAGGAAACUCUAAGCUCGGGUUGUGUUUUGUCAUCGCUGUCUAGGGGUAGCCUGUUGUUUUCCUAAGCAACAGUGUUUCUUGCAAUUAAAAAAAUUGCAAGAUUCUAAUUGUGAAAUAGUUCAUUUGUAAAUAUUUUAAGAGGAAAACCAACUUUGAAUGAACCAAGUAUACAAAAUUCGAUAAAUAUGAACCAAAACUGGACUAAGUUUAUGUUAGUUGAUGCCAUAAUCUAUUUUACACAGUGUGUGAAAUCUAAAACAUUUAGGUGAAUUAAAAAAGUGAAUCCAUUCAUUCUAGCUAAAUACAAGAUUGUGAAUCCUUUUGUCUGGCAAAUUAGAUACACUGGUACACCCCUAUAGCAGUGACACUUCUAUUUGAUAAAGUCCCAUUAAAAAGGAAACCCUUUAUUGAUAACAAUUGGCACUCAUACUAUGCCAUCACAUCAGCAACAUCGUUAUUUCAGAGAAAAACUUUAUUUUAAAAUAAAUUAUUCAGAACAAAAAAAGAAAGAUGAUGUUUGUUUCAUAUGAUUUUAAAAUUUUCAAAUUUCACAGGAAAUCUCACAUGGUCAGUGUUGCUGACAUUUUCUUGCAUACUAUGCCAUUAAGAUGCUAUGCAGGAAGUUGCAUAGGCAUUAAUUUUUAAAUAACAUUUUGCACUUUCUAGGAUUAAUCUUGGCAAUUUGUUUCCAAUAAUCCUUCCAUAAUACUGCAUUGG